GCGGAAGCGUCGCCUGUGCGGCGGAUUUGCGUUUUCCCGCCUUUUCCUCCUCCGCCUCAGGCGUUUUACGACGGAGCGAGGAAAGAAGCGACUUCAGGGAGAUGGAAAGGGCGAGGGCUGAUUCUGGCGCUCCAGAAGAGGAUGGCGGCAACGACAGCAACACUUCCACAGGCGGCGAAGAGGGCGACAGGAACGCCGAGGAGCCUGUCGUGUCGCUAGCCGAGGUGCUGGCCGAAAGCGAGGAGCUGGAGAACGAAGCGCGCGCCGUGCUGGGCGGGAGCGACCACGAGCGCUGCAGUUACUCUCAGGGUGCUGUAAAGAGGCAGGCAUUGUAUGCCUGCAGUACAUGUACACCAGCAGGUGAAGAACCAGCAGGGAUUUGUUUAGCAUGCAGCUAUGAAUGCCAUGGCUCUCACAAGUUAUUCGAGUUAUAUACAAAAAGAAACUUUCGCUGUGAUUGUGGAAACAGCAAGUUCAAAAAUCUGAAAUGCAAACUACACCCUGAAAAGGCAACAGUGAAUCCAGGAAAUAAAUAUAAUGAUAAUUUCUAUGGAUUAUAUUGUAUUUGUAAAAGACCUUACCCAGACCCUGAUGAUGAGAUUCCAGAUGAAAUGAUCCAGUGCAUAGUUUGUGAAGAUUGGUUUCAUGGAAGGCAUCUUGGUGUUGUCCCUCCAGAUAGUGGGGAUUUUCAUGAAAUGGUAUGUCAGUCUUGCAUGGAUCACUGCCCUUUCUUGUGGGCAUAUGCCUCGCGGUUAGCAGUUCCAACUGUGACCAAAGUUAUUGCUGCAGCUGAUGAUGGAACUGUGUUGAAUGUUGAAGAAACUGAAGUAAUCAAAAAUGAAAACAAUGUAGAUCAAAUGAAGACUGAGGAUAAAAUAAUACAAAUUAAUGAACCGUCUACCAGUUCUGGCAAUAAAUGUUCAGUGCCAGUUAAGAAGGAAAUACCAGUGUGCAAGCUGCAAGAACUUCAAGCCAAGCAGAACCUGAAGCAAAAUACAUCCACCUUCUGGCCACACAACUGGAGAAGCAAAUUGUGCACCUGCAAAGAAUGUGUGAAAAUGUAUUCUGAUAUGGGAGUCCCAUUCCUAACAGAUGAAUGUGAUACUGUCUUGGCUUAUGAAAAUAAAGGGACAAAUGACCAAGAAGCAGAUAGAAGAGAUCCUCUAAUGGACACACUUAACAGUAUGAACAGAGUACAGCAGGUAGAACUCAUCUGUGAGUACAAUGAUUUGAAAACAGAAUUGACAGACUAUUUGAGAAGAUUUGCAAAUGAAGGAACAGUUGUUAAACGAGAGGACAUUCAGCAAUUUUUUGAAGAAUUUCAGUCCCGAAAGAGGAGGAGGGUAGAUCAGAUGCAGUACUACUGCAGCUAGACUAGAUUGGAAGUCUUAAAAGACUACAUCUACAGCUGUCUCUGCUAAAUUCUGGGGUUUCUGUCCCAAUUUAAAUCUAGCUUCUUGUUCAUCUUGAUUUGUAUCCUAGAAGGCUGAGUUUAUUAUUUGCAGCCGCAUACAUACACCAAUUUUCUAGUAACUAUGCUGAGAAGUGAAAUGAUCAUGGAUUCACUUGUGUCAAAGGAAGGGCUGGUUAGUUUUCAGAAGAUACCUACUUAGAAACUAUACUGAUUGCCUCUGAAGAUAAUAUGGGUGACAACAAUCUUUUUUAUGACUUAAAAGAAAAACCUAGAUAAAGGUCUUAAUGAAUUAGCAUUCAGGUUCAGGGUCAAGGUACUUGUUUCUUAAAGACUUAUUUAAAUACAAGAUUUCAUAUCCGCUUGGUUUUAGGACAUUCAUUAUGGUAUAUUCUGCUAGUUGUUGCUGUUAAAAAGCCAAUUUGGAUCUUUAUAUGGCUUGCUGAAUUUAGUUGAAGUACAACUUUUAGCUAAAAUUAGACAUUCAUUAUUGUUGAAUGAAUAUGACUGAGGCCAGUGUGUGUAUUAUAAACAGCUGUUAACUGGUAGGCAAUGAUAGUGCAGAGGUUUAGUGAUAUUACCAAUAUGUUUUAAUUGAUUGCCAGCACAGAAUGUAUAAAUUGGUUUUUGGUCAUAAUUAUCAGGUUAAUCUAUUGACUUUUUAAGACUGACAUAAUGUAAUUGCAACUGAAACUGACAUAAUGUAAUUGCAAAUGUUUGGAAGAGCAGCCUACAAACCUAUUUACCAAACUGUAAAAUAUGGCUGUGAUCUUUUGUAAUUAUGUUAGAGAAUACAAAUCCUUAAUACUGAAAAGAAUGUUUAAAACAUCAUUUAAGAACAUCUAUUUUUUAUUGGUUAUAUUUAAUACCUAACUACUAGAAAUUCACAGCAAUCAUGCUGUAUUACCAAUACUUCAAUAAAAUGGUAUUUUAAUUUAAAAGUUGAUGAGUGUUGUAAAGGCUAGUUCUAAACAUUUAAACCUGAAAGCACAUUAUGCAUUUACUCAUCUAGUAGGAUGUCCAUUCCCCCCCCUCCAUUCCCCCAUCACAGAAAAUGUUGGCUGUUCAUGGGCUAUGAUUUUUCUCCUUAUAUUUUAAAUUAAUUAAGAGUCACUGCUAUAGCCAUAAGAUGUGGUUCUCUUGAGUGCUGUGUGGCUUUAUAUUGCUGUUAGAAUGGUAUGAAAAAUAACCAACAGUGCAUUAGAAAUAAUAAGCAAUUGUCUUACAUAAUUAGAUAAUUUUUUUAAAGAAUGAAUGAUGCAGUUUGGUAAGUAUGCAUUGAAGAAGCGUUAGCAGGCAGUGUGUUUCAAUUUCAGCAAUCUUUGUUGACAUAAGGAGAGCCCCCCAAAUAUUGCCAAGCUGAAAUUUGCUACGUGUUUUUACUCCUGACAAAUAUAAUAGGACAGAAGGAAAUGAAAAUCUAUCCCUGCUGGAGAGCAAUACCAAUCAGAAAUUACCCCAAUAAACUUGAAGUAUAACUGGUUUAGGAUGUUAAAGUGCCAUAUGAUUGUCUUUUCUAUUCUAACCAGCAAGGAAUCUGAAAGUCCACAUAAAUCAACUGUUAGAUCCAAGCAAACUAAUAUAAUUCAAUUAAUUGAUCAAUUACAGAUUUAUUAUAACCAAUUGAUGUUCAAUAAAUCUGUAAUUGAUCAAUUUAAUUAGGUAAUUACCUUUCUAAAGAACAGAUAACCUAUAUCAGCACAUGCAAAAAAUUUCACGCAAAGUAUGAGUCUCUAAAUCCUGGAUAGGCUAAUUUGUUAUGUCAUCCUUUCUUGAGGUGAAGUAUAAUCAGUGGUGACAUAAUAGUAGGAUAAUUCAUAGAAAGGAAAAUGCUUUGUUCCAAACCAUCACAUUCCAGAAAUUCUGCUAAGCCAUUGAGAUCAGCUAUAGUUGAUCAGGGACAAAAGCCUCAGUAAUGUAUGAAUUUGCACUAAAACAAAAUCUAAAUUUGCGGCAAGAGUUUUAUGAAUAUACUGAAAAAGUUAGAUUGUCACCUUACCUAUAUUCUGUGAUACACCUACCUCCAUAACCUUCCCAAUGAUUUGAGAAGACAUGCUGGGAUCUUUGUCACAGUCUGCUUUUUCUUUUCCUUGCUUCUACCUUUAAUGUUCAUUAUAUAGCACUUGAAUUGUUUCAAAUAAAGAUAUUGCCUACUGUAA